UCGUAAAAACGCGAACGACCUUCGUGAGUGAUUCCAGGCAUCGGGAGACAGUGGGACUCAUCUCGUUAGUGUCGGCUCUGCCGUCCAACAAGAUGCACUUGUUCUUGCGCGGAGCUGUUGCGUGGAUCCCCUGCACACCCGGAAACUGCGAAAGUAAUCGCUGAAGAAACUUCAUUGACUUUUGGUCUUUCGUUAAGGCAGAGGAAUCAGCUGCACGCGAGAAGAUAACGAGGAAUUGCAUAAGAAUUGGUGGGACAGCAGAUUGCGCAACAAUUGUGUGCGCGGAGCAAAUAAAAAUGCAGGUGCCGCCGAUUAAUUUGUUCCUGACUGGCAUAUCGCUAUUGUGUAUCGUGCACCCCCUCCACAGCGACCCUCAGCCACCAUACUGGAUGAAUUAUGAAACGUACAAUCCGGUGGAUCGCCAAUUGUAUCCGCUGCAUCGCGUGCCAGAACUUCCACGAUAUCAAUCGUCGAUCGGUCAUGAAGCACCUGUGACAUACCAGCGACCACCCAGCUUAGAAUUAAAUUAUCGAAGCUUGCCAAACACUGAAAGAGUACCUGAAACUGACCACCUACCGUAUAAUUACUUUGGACCGAAUCUUGAGAAACAAGAGGACUCGAAAGAGGUCGAGGAAAGUGAUUCGAGAGAGGAGGAGAUUUUGGAGAAGUUUAAAAUACUUGAUAAGUUGUUGUCUGAAGACUCGAACGAGAAGGACCUUGAUACCAACGCGAUUGGGGAGAAAAUCAUACCUGAAGAGUCGAAAAGGGUUGUUCGAGAGGUUCGAAAGCAUAAACCAGGGUUCUUUUGGACCUUGGCGAGGGUCACGUUCGAAACAAUCAAUGACACGUCAUCAGCGAUCAAACAGAUCACCGAAAUCAUCAACAAUAAUAUCGCACCCGACUCAGCCACCCAGGCUUCCAUGACGAGUGCAUUAACAGCCAUUAAUUCUACAAACACAACCGGAAACGCGACCAGUUCAUCGAUCACGACCACACCAAGACCUAGCAUGAACUUCACGUUAACUAGAGGUAGCCUACAGAGAUUAAUCAGGAGAAACGUUCUGGGUCUCGUUAGACUGUUCAACAUCGAGUGGAAGGAUGCGUUGAACCAAUCGGAGGUGAACGUGAAGGAGUUUCAAAAAGACUUGGGCAAACAGGUGGGCAUGUACCUCCAAGACAAUCCCAAUGCCUACUGAAAAGGAACUACAAGAUUAAUUCAUAGAAAUCGAUGUAUAUUUCGUUAGCUUGUAGCCAAAGACUUUUUACGACUUGGAUUAAAACGUACAUUCGAAACUUGAAA